AUGCCGCGAAGCAAUUCUCUGUCCCCGAAGCAGUCCCCGAAACAUGCGGGAAAACACAGCCGCGCCCGUGACCUGACCUCCGAGUCCACCCCCUCAUCCGAAGCCGUGGUGCAGCUCAGCAAGUCUCGCCCCAAGAGCUUGAAUCGCUCGAAAGGCGCCGCAUUGGGCGGUCUGAAUAAGAAUAGAAAGAGGAAGCCUUCCAUCUCCUCGAUCUCCACUGUCUCCUCCAUCUCUGCCAUCCAGGAAGACAGCGAGGACGAGGCCGAUUCAGAGGCAAGCUCGGAUGAUGACGAGGACCGGCCGGCGGACGUGACCCCGUCUUAUGGGAGCAAAACCAGUAAUAGAGGCAGUAAGACGGGGUCGAAGAAUGGAUCCUCGCCCCUCACUAAUGGAAACAAGAAGCGGAAGCUGUCCUAUGACGAUGGGUAUGAUGGCGAUGUCCAGCAGAGCAAUGCAGAGAAUGAGAAUGACUCGGACAGCUCAGACGCUGCCUAUGCCGCUGUGGAUGACAUCCCAGAUGACGAUGAAGAAGAGCUGGACGUGGAAAAGGUCGAAGAGCAGCUGAUCGUCGAGUCGGAGAAUGAGCGCCUCAAUACGGACAGCAUCCUGUCCCUCUCCGAUGCUGCCGAUGCGGAUGACUGGUCGGGCCUGGGCGCCUUGGAUGACCAUGUCCCUUUCUCGACCGCGUCCUUCUUGGAUGAGGACCAGCUGUAUAGCGCAAUGGACACCUUUGGCGAGACUGACAUGACCAGCGAAGCCAUUGAGACCCCCGUGCAGAGGCACGUGCAUUUUGAAGAAGAAGCCGACUCUGACUCCUCAUCCGACAGUGACCAGUCCCGCUCUGGCAGCACGGAUGACGAGCUCCCCGGAGAUUUCUUGCAGCAGGACAGCCUCGACCCGACGCUGCGUCGGAUGAUCGAGAAUGACCAGGACACUCUGGGCCAGAACCAGCGCUACGAUGAUAUCUUUGGCGAGCUGGAUAAUCACCCCGCCAACAUCUAUCAUGUGGAGUCGGAUGUUGUUUCGGACGGCUCCAGUGGCUAUGAGACCGAUGAUGGUGAAACCACGGACGAAGAUCUGCCACCCCCGGCGACCAUCACCCAUCCACGGUCGAUUCUUCGCCGCGACUCCACGACCUCUCUGCCCGGGUCGGGGGAUGCAAAUGGUCGGCGGCCGGCUGCUCCUCGCCGCCGCGGACCAAGAAUGGGUACCUUUAUCGCCGAUCCCAACAAACCAGUGGCUCUGGUGGACUGCACCGGCAAGCACCUCGUCAUCAUCCCUGCGUACGCGUCGUCUCGCCAUGACUGGCUCGAGUCGGCAACCAACAGCCUCUGCGGGACUGCAACCAAUAGCCCUCGUGCCACCAUGAUGCAAUUGGUUGAUGAAAGUGACACCGACGCUCUGGCCUCCCCGACCGGUCCCGAUGUCAGUCCAAUGAUCAGCUCCGGUGCUAAUCUGAUGAUGACCGCUUUGGGCAAUGAUGCCACGCCUGGUGGCCAGGUCAUGGGUCCUCCGGAAGCGUUUUAUCCUUCUCGGACCUUCACUGGGGACAGCUCCUACGAGGACGACGAUGAUGAUGACCCUGAGGCCUUGCUCAAUGUGGACGAUUUUAUCGACUUUGGUGAUGGGUCAUCCGAUGAAGAAGAGAUGGCGAAAGCCUUUGAGGAUGAGGAUCUCACCACCUCUCCCGUGGUUGCUUCCUCCGUGCAAGGGGCGGCCACCCCGACGCCGAACCGGGGAGGGAAUGAAUCGCAUCAGGGAAGCAGUGCAGAGCGGUUCCUGAACCAUCUCGACAAGGGCAUUGUGACCGCCUUCCGCCGGAACCACAACCGGUAUCAGGCAUUGAUUCGGCUUCCUCAGCACCGGGAGUUCAUGCCAGCCAAUUCGCCAUCCCGGCCAGCCAGUGUGUUCCGGCAUUCGCGGUAUGCCGAUCCCAGAACUCCAACGCGGAAACGCAAGGCAAGCAGCUAUACUGGCGGCGAAGCGGUUCGGCGAAAGCUUCUUGACGCUCACCGACGGAGUCAGCUUCCUUUCUAG